AUGAGGAGACUUCGGAUGCUGAAAGCUACUCCGAGUGGAACCAAGGUGUCGGCUGGAAGCGCGGUGUGGCUAGCGCAUCGCGAUCAGCUUAAACCACAUUACCAGCAACAAGGCGAACGGCCGAACCUGAUGACGCCGUUCGAGAAGUCUACGCCGGACGCGGCAGUGGUGGAUUUGGACGUUGAGAUGCUGAAUUUAGACGAAGAUAUGUUGGGGGCCGGAUACGGCGGAAGCGGCUUGUUCCGGGGUUUCCCGGAAGCUGCAACGGCACGAUCCAGAAGCCGGAAGCGAGACGCAUCCGCGGCGGAAUUGCCGGCGGUCUGCCUUCGGCGCUCGAAGAGAAACAGGAAGCCUGUUUCGAACAGUGAAUUCAUUUAUGAUUAAUUAUACAUUAACAGAACACUUUGUUCUUUCAAAUUAAUACAAACAGUUGAAUUAGAUUUGUACUUGAUACAGUUUUCUUUAUAUCCAUUUAUUUGUUAUCAUUUAUCUAUGAGUUCGAUUAACUUUAGUUUUAAGCAAAGGGGGGAGGACUGUUGAGUGCCCCUCGUUUUGAAUGCCGUCAAAUGACAGCACAAAUACUUGUAACACGCGUUUUCUAUCUGACCUUAAAUAAACGAGCUUGCGCUCCAUUCGGCCUCUUUUACCGCUGAACACCAAACGGGAAA